UUUCAAUGGAUGCUUCCUACACUCAUGAUCACCUGAGCUUCAAUAACUCACAGGACUCUUCAUUAUCCCAAGAUAAGCGUAUUUUCCGGCAAGAUAAUUCACUCCAUCUCAACAACUCCCAGGAUAUACUGCUUUUUGACAUGCUUGCAGUUGCAGCAAUUGUUGAUCUAGAUCAUCAAGUCAAGGACGACGAACCUGCUAAUAAACUAAAAGCCAACACCAACAAGUCAUACCGAGGCGUUAGGCGACGUCCAUGGGGAAAGUUCGCUGCGGAGAUAAGGGAUUCCACAAGGCACGGUGUCCGUGUUUGGCUGGGGACGUUUGAUAGCGCGGAAGAGGCUGCUAUGGCAUAUGAUGAAGCCGCGUAUACGAUGAGAGGGUCGUUGGCGUUGUUGAAUUUUCCGGUGGAGAGAGUAAAGGAAUCACUGAAGAAGAUGAAGUAUGGUUUUGAAGAAGGGUGUUCGCCCGCGGUCGUGCUUAAGAAGCGACACUGUCAGAAGAGUAAAAGAAAAGAUAAAGUCACAGGCCGAGAGAAGAAGACGACGAUGGUUCUGGAGGACUUGGGUGCUGAUUAUUUGGAACAACUCUUGAUGAUAUCGGAAAAUGGUACUGCUGCUUCAUGGUGAAUGUUCUUUCGUUUGGUGGUUGUAAUCUUUGUCCAAAAAAAAUUAAGAAAAAAUCUUUGUAAAUUAGUUGAAACUUUAAGCCCUUUCUUGUAAAUUUCAUAUAUAGUAACAAAAUUAUU